UUGAAUCUGUGAGGUGAAAAAAAGAUGGAAAAAACGGGAAAGAAUUGAAAGAGGCGUGUGAGGACUCAAAGAAAAGUGUGUGUGAGCAAAGUGCAGAGGAAGGAAAGAGAAAAAGAACGUAAAAUGGAGAAUCGUGGGAGAAGUGGAAGGAUCAUAAAGUUGGCGUGUCACGAGUUGCAGUUGGCGGGUAAUAAUCUUUUGCCAAAGCGUUUCUCUGAAUGGAAAAGAGAGGUGACGGUGCUGAUGCUGAGCCUCAAUUUGACGCUGAUUUUGUGCCAGAUCCUUCCCAGAGAUGUACUGGAAAUGAAAAGGGUGACAAGGCCCCCAAGAUACCUCAGUCCAGACGGCCUAAUCUAUCCUCACUGCAAAUACCAGCGUGGUCACUAGAUAUAGCAUUAUCUACUUUUGCAAAAACCGAUGGUCCUUCAGUUUCACGAUCAAGUCCUGGUUCCAGUAGAGGACUUCCUCCAAGGCCAAAUUCAGCUAAAGUCAGGUCUUCAAUGAGAACUUUACUUCCUCAGAAGGGCGUCAAGACAAAUACUUGUUCCCAGGAUUUUGAAAGGACAGGUCUAAUAGUUCCUAAAACUCCCUUAUCAGAUGCUCCUUUGGAUAAAUCUUCCAUUCAUCUGUCUCUUAAAAAUAAGGUCAUCUCCCCAUCAGCAAAAGGUGCACAGUCAUUGCCAGUUACUCCAUUUGCAACUUCAGCUUCAGAGACCGCAGAUGGAGGACAUCUUGUAUGUGAUUCUGGUUCAAGUAAAAUGGGUGGUCAUCCGCAUAUUAUUCGAUCAUUUUCAGUCCCAGUUAAAAGCAAAGCCGCUAGUUUAAGGGUUACAGAUGCCACGGGCUUGAUUCGUGUAAUUUCAGCAAGGCAAACUGUUCGUAGAAAAUCAAGUGAUGGUGGUUUGGUUCCAGAGAUUGCCAUUGAAGAUGACACUGAGGAUAUUCCAGAAGAACAAGCAGUUUGUAGGAUUUGUUUGGUGGAGCUUGGGGAAGGAGGGAAUACACUUAAGAUGGAAUGCAGUUGUAGAGGUGAUCUCGCACUUGCUCACCGGGAAUGUGCAGUGAAGUGGUUUAGUAUAAAGGGAAACAGAACCUGUGAUGUCUGCAAGCGGGAAGUCCAAAACCUCCCGGUAACACUGUUAAAAAUUUGCAAUCGUGAAACUACUGCUAGGCAGACAUCAAAUGUGCCACCACGGGCAGAAGUAUCUUAUUACAGGAUCUGGCAGGAUGUACCAGUACUUAUCUUGGUCAGCAUGCUUUCUUACUUUUGUUUUCUAGAGCAACUACUGGUUUCAGAUUUGGGCCCUCGUGCUCUUGCCAUUUCAUUACCUUUUGCCUGUGUUUUAGGUCUCCUUUCAUCUAUGAUUGCGUCAACUAUGGUGAGCAGGAGUUUCGUUUGGGCUUAUGCCUGCUUCCAGUUUGCAAUUCUUAUCCUCUUAGCUCAUUUAUUUUACACUAUUCUCAAUUUAAAUGCAGUUCUCUCGAUUCUCCUUUCCUCAUUCACUGGGUUUGGCAUUACAAUCAGUACGAACUCUCUGGUUAUGGAAUUUAUUGGAUGGAGAAAUAUUUGGAGGAUUCAAUCCUCUGUCCAGAACGUUAACAUGACAGAGCAACCGCGUCGAGAGCAUGUAAAUCAUCAGAGACGGGAAAAUCAAAUAGAACAUCAACCACAAAGACAAUCAUCAAUGACGCCAGAACUGCCGCAGCAUCAUGGCAACAGUUGAUACAACUAGCUCAGGGCAGUCUUCCUCAACUGACAAGUACUAUGAAGAUUUUUGUUCUUUUUUAACUCAAAUUUUUACACUGCAAUCAAACAUCAGGAUUUCCACUUGAAGGUGUGAGCCAAGAUCAUAGUUAAAGGGUACUUUCGUAUGCUAUGUUCUUCCCUUUCACUCACAAAUACUCUUAUAAUGUAAUUCAACCUAUUUGAUGAAACACCCCUUCAGAGCAAAUUUGCAAGUUUAGGAAAAGUUACUCGUAUGACAAAAUAAAGAAAACGAAAGAAAGUUGUUUGCU